AUGGACAAGACACCUUCAAGGUACAGCCAGAAGGGUAAAAAGAAGGGACAGGUGUCCGCAGGACCAUGGAGAGCACCCAGAAAGCCCAGUGGCUCUGCUCCAGGACAGCAGGCGGCAGAAAGACUGUACAUGACUCAUGGCCAAGCAGCUCAGGACCCUGAAGCAAACCGAGUCAGUGAGUGUGUUUGCCUCAGACUGGCCAAAGAGUUUGAUCAGGCACGCAACAGGCCAAAGGACGUAAAGGGCAAGACCAUGCCCAUCCCACAGUCCAUCGUCAGCGUCUACAGCCACCUCAGACAGCUGCUGGAGGACAGCAGGGUGGUCCUGGGUCAGACCAACGUGGUGCUGGUACCAGUCAACAACACCACUGUCUCCUCAUGGCGGCUCAGGAGGGACAAGAGGAAGGACAGGGACAUGCUUCUGCAGGGCACUGUUCUUCCAAAACAUCUGCACCAGGCCAAGGAGCCUCUGCCCUCAGUGAGCACUCUCCCUGCUGCCCCUGAACCACAUGCUCAGGAGAUGACUUUUGAAGAGCCUGAGAAUCGUGAGGGAGAAGCUUUCCCCCGCCAGCGAAAUGUUGCAGGACCCAGCCAACCUGUGCCUCAUCCACCACCUCCCCCUUUCCCUUCACAAUAUGGACCAGCUCCUCCUCUCCAGCAAGCCCCUCAUUUACAUUACCCUCCUCCAUUUCCCCAUUUCCUCCACAUCUGCACCCCCAAUACCCUUAUCCUCCUCCAUUCCCCCAUGCUCCACCUUUUCAAUAUGCUCCUCCACUUCCCCAUGCUCCUCCGUGUCCCGAGGCUCCGCCGCUGCAGCAGCCUCCAGCAGGCCUUCCCUCUCAGCCAAGGCAGCGUGCAUGGAGGCUGA